CAAAUCUGAAGGGCGGUUUAUUCCUGUGCUGAGAGAGACGGACGGCGGAGACGUUUGCGGAGAUGGACCCGUUCACCGAGAAACUUCUCGAGCGAACCCGUGCCAGGAGAGAGAAUUUACAGAAGAAAAUGGCUGAGAGGCCCAUAGGAGGAGUCCGAUCCACAACGCAAACGAAAAGGAGCAGAGAACCUUUGUCAGACACUGGCAACCAGCCACUUCAGCAUAAUGAAGAAGCAAAACCAGGUACAAAGCCAUCACCAUCCAAAAGACGCUGCUCAGAUAAGGGGGAGGCUCCAACGCCUUGUUCUGAGAAUGCACAUCCAGUUAACUCAUCUUCCAUAAACCAAGUUCUUCCUGAAAUUGCUCCUACUUCUCAGUCUGUUGGUCUGUCAUCUGGGAAAGAAGAGCAGGACCUUAAAGCUGAAUCGUUUCCCACCGCUUCCGUUAAAACACGUAUGCAAAAGCUGGCUGAACAGCGACGUUGCUGGGAUAGUGAUUUGUGUGAAAGUCCUUGCAUAUUUCCCAUCCAAUCAAAAGAAUGUGUUGUUUCUCCGCCCAAACUACCCCUUACAUCUGAGACCCCAAUAGGGAGAAGAGGCCGUUUAGCUAACCUUGCUGCUACAAUUGGUUCCUGGGAAAAUGACCUAAGUCAUCCAUCUGCAAAGCAAAACAACACACAAGAACAGCCUGGUACUACUUGUUUAUCCAAAUUGUCCACUGCAAGUGGAGCAUCUGCUGGAAUCAAUAGUGGCAGUGUGAAGCAGGAUGCUGCAUCCUGUUCCCAAAGGCCUGUUGAGUCAUCUGUGAAUAAGUCAGCAAUCUCUGGGAUAUUGGGAAGUGCUAAUUCCAAAACCAUCUUGGGAGCUAAUAACAAGCAUGCUAAAGAUACUGAGGUACCAAAGUUGCAGCUACCACAAGAAAAGCCUGUUCUUAAAUCAUCUUUGAAACCAGUAUUAUCACAACCACUUUCAGCCAAAGAGGAGCCAAUCAAAAGCGUGCAUGCACAACUUGACUACAAGGAUAAGCCAACCACGCCAGGAGGAUCAGGCAUUAAGCCUUUUCUGGAGCGUUUUGGAGAGCGUUGUCAGGAACAUAGUGCACAUAGUCCUGCUGUAAGUGGAGGUCACAGAACUCCCAUUAUCACUCCAAAUACAAAGACAAUCCAAGAACGACUCUUGAGACAGAAUGAAGCGCCCUCAACUGCUAGUCUAGCUCAGCAGCUCAAACAGGAACGAGAGAGAGAACUUGCAUCUAUUAGAGGUCGCUUUGAUAGAGGCAGGCUGUGGAGUGCUGAAAGAGGAGAGAAUAAACAUCCAGAAGCAAAACAGGAAAGCCAAGUUCAGACUAGCCCCAAACACCUCCCUGGUUCAGAUGCCUCCUCCCAUUCACCAGAAGAAAAGUCUGCAAUACUUGAAAAAGUAGGAAAAGGCAAAUCUUCAGGCACUUCAGAAGAGAACAAGACUGAAGAGCUUAGUCCUCUGAAAAACUUCUCACCAAAGACUCCUGUAAAAACAAUGUCUGAUCCAAGGCUUGAACAACUUCCUAACAGACAAAAUGGUGAAGAGCAUGAGGCUGAGGCAAAGGUGGAUGGUGAGGUGAAUAGUUCAAAAGUGAUAAGUGAUAUGUUUGAUGAAGUUCUUCAGGAGGAUGGGCCUGACAUUGAGAAACUUAAAAAAGAGAUGAGCAUGACCUUAGAAACUGAAAGUGACGAUGAACGAGAAGAGACGCUGAAUAUUUCCUCAAUGUCCCUCCUAACACCUUUGACAGAAUCUGUUGCUGUUGGAAGUCCAGAGGUUUUUGCUUCCCCUAGUAAAUCAGUUGGUGAGGGGAGCAACGCAAGUGAUGACAGUCCAAAUUCCAGCAAGUUUCAAAGAACGUCUGUCUGUAGAACUGAGUCUGGAAGCAGCACUGGGUCACUGUCAGAGGAGCGUAGCCUUCUAUAUAGUAUUGAUGCCUAUCGGUCUCAGCGAUUUAAAGAAAAGGAUCGUCCUUCAAUAAAGCAAGUGAUUGUUCGUAAAGAAGAUGUUUCCUCCAGGCUUGAAGAGAAAAGGAAUGGAACUUCUAGUCAAAUUAAUAUUAAGCGAAAAUUACAGGAGCUGAAUAAUGAAAUCAACCUGCAGCAGACAGUGAUACACCAAGCGAGUCAGGCUCUGAAUUGCUGCAUAGAUGAAGAGCAUGGGAAAGGAUCACAAGAAGAAGCAGAAGCCGAGAGAUUACUUCUCGUUGCCACUGAAAAGAGAACAGCAUUGUUAGAAGAGCUAAAUAAACUAAAACAUGAAGGGCCUCAAAGCAAGAAGAACAAAGUUGGUUCUGUAUCUGGACUCUCUCCAUCCAGGGGAUCUGUUACUCUGUCAGAAAUGCGUCUACCUCUAAAAGCUGACUUUGUAUGUGGUACUGCCCAGAAACCAGAAACAGCAACCUACUACUACAUAAUCAUUUUGAGAGCAGGAGCAGAAAACAUGGUUGCUACUCCACUAGCGAGUAUCGCAAACUCCCUGAAUGGAGAUGCUCUGACUUUUUCAACAACAUUUACUCUGCAAGAUGUGUCCAGUGACUUUGAGAUAAACAUUGAAGUAUAUAGCUUAGUACAGAGGAAAGACACUGCAGGCAUUGAUAAAAGGAAAAAGUCAGCUAAAUCUAAGGCCAUUACUCCAAAGCGAUUACUGACAUCUAUUACUACUAAGAGUAAUCUUCACACACCAGCCAUGGCCAGUCCAGGUGGUCCCAAUGCUGUGCGGACAAGCAACUUUGUUCUUGUUGGAUCUCACAAAAUUUCACUGUCUUCAAUUGGGAGUAUCAAAUUCCUUUUGGACAAGAUAAGUUAUGGAGUUAAGGAAAGAGAGCUACUUGGUUAUAUGUUCCAGGAUAAGGUUCCAUUUUUGUCUCCUCUAGAAGGCCACAUAUACCUGAAGAUUAAAUGUCAAACAGAUUCUUGUGUGGAAGAGAGAGGGUUUUUGACUAUGUUUGAAGACGUUAGUGGGUUUGGAGCUUGGCAUCGGCGUUGGUGUGUGCUCUCUGGUAACUGCAUCUCUUACUGGACUUACCCAGAUGAUGAAAAGCGAAAGCAUCCAAUAGGAUCGUUAAACCUGGCAAACUGCACUAAUCGUCAGAUUGAGCCAGCCAACAGAGAGUUCUGCGCUCGGCCUAACACUUUUGAACUAGUUACUGUCCGGCCACAGAGGGAGGAUGAUAAGGAAACACUUGUUAGCCAAUGCAGAGACACACUCUGUGUUACCAAGAACUGGUUGUCUGCAGAUACUAAAGAGGAGCGUAAUCUGUGGAUGCAAAAACUAAACCAAGUUCUCAUUGAUCUUCGCAUGUGGCAGCCUGACGCUUGCUAUGUUCCUAUUGGAAAGUCUUGAAGCGUGGGAAAGCUCCACAGCAAAGCUUGCUUAUGAAGCCAAAGGCAGACUGUAUCACUACUUAAUGCGGACUUUUGUAUAAGGUCUCGUUGGAUUCUGUAUUACACUUCAUGCUUUAAAGUGUGGACGCGGGUGUGUUGUAUUGCACUCUUUGCUGCGUUUAGAGUUCUAACUCUUUUCUAGCAUGGGAGUAUGGAAGCUGUUUUUAAGCUCUUCUUGACUGUGCAAAAUAUUUAUAUAAUACCUUGCAAUCUAUAGUUCCGUACCCCAUUAAAAUAUCAGUUUCUGUUAACUAAACAGGGCUUGGUUUAUUUCAAAGGCUGAAGAAAGUAGCAAAGGCAAAAACAACAACUGAGCGCUUUAUCUUACACAAGGUUUUCUGUAUUGGGAUGUGUCUAAGUUUUCUGAUUAGUAGAGAGCUGAAGCAGGAACUUCAUUGCUUUAUAUAAUAAACGUUUCUUAAACUCAUUAAGGAUUUUGGAAGAAACCUUCUGGUAGUUAACAUUCGGCAUACUAGACUCUAGUAAAAAAGUCUUGGAUAUGGACAAUGUAGAAAAGUCAUAGAUCCUGGUAGGCAAAUAAAGUUAAAUAGAGAUUGAAUUAGUGCAUUGUAUUGCACAUAAUAUGGUUUACAGGUGUGUUCAGUUACGCAACAUGUUGCACAUUUUCCUAGAAAACAAGCAUUUUGGAUAUUUUUCUUGAAGCUGCUCUUUUUUAAAAAAAAAAUUCUCACUUUCCCUAGCCAUAUUCAACUUGCAUUGCAUAGUUUGAAUGAAUUAAAGCUUCCACUUAUCUUUCAACACUAGGAAGCCAUAUGAAUAUCAUGUAGACUGUAGAGCUAUUAAGCACUCAGGGUCUAUAGAUUUUUUUAUAACUGAGAUGUCUGUCAGUGCAAGUAAUCUUGGUUGAUUAGUGCAGUGGCAAAGUUCCUCAGAUAAGCAUCAGAUGCGCAGCUUUCACAAGUGCUUUCUACUGGGUACCACAAAUGCUAUGUUGCUGCUGUGCAUGCAUUAAAAUAGCAGCAGAGCACUUCCUCUAAACUGUUGCUUUAAAUGCUUAGACACUAACACUUUAACUGCCCUUUUUUGUAUGACAGUUGCUUUUUUCCUGAUGUUUAUAAUCAAUUCCACAAAAAUAAAUGUUUAAAUGUA